AGUUACGGUAAGUAAUAGUUUCGUUCCGUUUCAAUCCGUUCUCGCACAUGCCUUGCUCACAACACGUGCUUGACUUGUCUUUAGCUCGUCCGUCCUCACUCCGCGACUGACUUACCAGUCCAAAAUUUCCAGAGACGGUCACUCUCCAACUUAGGUCAAAGUCAAAAAGCAUCUUCUUAGCCCAAAACGAGGCCCGACUUCCGUUUUCUGGAGUUGCAGUAGCUGAUGGUGGUUCCACCAUCAAACGCACAAAGAAAAGUUUGCGCAUUUUUGCACCAUGACCGCUCUUGCCCUUGCCUCAUCGUCUCUUGAGCCUGGAAUCGGUCGUCCUGCACGAAAGGAAAACAGGAUCGUUGCUUUCUUUCGCUCUCGCUCUCGUUCUCGCUCCAGACCCCACGCCAAAUCGACUGUCAGUUCAAGUGCUGCGCAAUCCACGACGGAUGUACCAACCCUGCCUAUGGUGCCUGCCUCUAAGCUUCGCAUCAGUCAUGUGCGUUCCACCAGUCUGGCGUACGAACCAGGACAUGCAGCCCACGCAAGUCCGUCCGCUUCAGCAAGUCAGUCAAAUUUUAAGCCAGGCACGCAUACUUCGACACGCCCGAUAUCAUCCACGACCACUGCCACACACUCCACAAUCACCCCUCUUCCUUCCGACUCUAUCAGACGAAGACAAAGAUUAUCGCAUCGUGUUUACUCGCACGAUUACACCCAAGGAGAAGAUCUCGAUCAACAGGCCAACGAAGAUCAGCUCGCAUCUCAAGAGGAUCACGGUCGUGCAACUCGUUCAAGCACCCCCUCUUCUCUCAAUCAGCGCGGGAAGUUAGAGCUGCGCUCCAUUUUUGGCAUUGCCCUGUCACGGAAGUCAUCGCUGGCCAACCCGUCCCGAAAACCGUCACCAGGAUCUUCUGACCGCAAAGUAUCAUCUUCAUCCCUCUCUCAAAAGGAAGCUGAGAACAUACCCUCUCGCAAACGAUCAUUCAGGCUCAACUCUAGACCAAACACUCCAAAGUCUACUGAUGAAUCGCGCGUUACGAAAACAUCCACUGGCACCAUACCCACUCCCUCCAAUCCUCUCCCAUUGUCCGCCUCUCCCCGCAGACUUUCAUUUGGAUUGGCCUCAAGUUCUCGUACACAUACGCAUACGCCAAUGACAUCAUCGGGCCACCUUCCCCUAGCUCUCCCGUCACGUCACAAACGACACUCUGUCGGAUCUCAUGACACUGCUCAUGACAGUGCCGUUGCGUUACCCGAUGACCGUUCGGACAGCGCUCUUACUUUGUCAAGUCAUACAAACACUAGAUCCAAUUCAAAGACCAGUGCCUCUACCCUUAGCCGCUUCGGAAAAUCCCGCAAAGGCAAGGAACAUGAACGUGAUACCAGCAGUUCGAAACUGCGGUCACAAGCGCGAAAGACACCUCGCUUGGAUGACUCGCGCCCUAGUAUUUUUGGCUCGCUUUCGGAGGAGACAUCCCCCAUCAUCAACUUAUCCCCGCCGCCACCGCAAAUCGACUCGCGCGACCAGUAUGACCUCGGUGGUCUCGUGGUGUCGCUAUUGCCCACGGUAGAGUCUAUGUCUGAAGAAGAUGCAGUGGAACAGCCUCUGAUUUGUGCACCGCAAGCAAGACCAGCCAUACCGCAAAUCAUUCAUACCCCGCCGACUCCACAAAGAACAGCAGAAUUAGAUUCUCCAGUGCGACCUGCUACCACACCACCAACGGUGAGCGGAGGACAGGGGAAAGCGCGUGAAGUUCUGCUCAGCAAGGAUCCGAUCACUGUUCACAGCGAGCUUCCAAAGUUGCAUGCACGGGCAGCUCUGAGCCCCGGUUCCGACGGAGAUCCUGCAUACAACCGCAUGCGUAGCAGAUUCCCACCCCGGUUGUUCGGGGGCAAAGAUUUAUCCAGAGAAAGCAAGAAGCAGAAACCCGGUGGUCGGCAUGAUCCCCCUGGAGCCGUCGGUCUUCCGCGAAAUAUGACCAACCGUCGCAUCAAACAUGGAAGCUUUGACUUUGAGAGACCCGUCUCUGGUCUCAACAGGAGUAGCUCAACAGUCGAUGCAUCGCUAGUGAAAGGCGAGGGGUUAACACAAUCUGGCAAAACUGGCGCUACCGCUCAUCGAUCGACAGCCUUAGAACGAACGGCAUCAUCAUCAUCUGAUCGUACAGGGAAGUCGCAAAAAUUCGCGUACCAUCCCACCCGAGCCGACUCCCCCAUUCUUGCCCAGCUCUCUGCUAGCCAUACGGGCGAAACCUCGGUGGUUUCCUUCUCAUCCGCAUCCGCCUCUGCACAGUCGAAGUCGACGGGAAAGUCUGCCCCUGGUCCCGGACAAUCAUCCAGUUGGGGACGCGCAUCAGGUAGACGAACUCAACGCACGUCGCACGGACCGUUCCCCUUCGAGCCGGCUUCAUCAGUUUCAAGUUCUCCUUUACCGAGCUCCUCUACACUGCCCCCCCAUCCGUCAUCCCCUCAUCAACAAGAGUUUGACAUACCAGAAGGACCUGCCUCAUUGCCCCCCAGCUCUCCUCUGCGGUGUGAGUUGGGGAUUGGGGGAGGUUUUAUACGCGACAAGAGUCAAAGUGCUCGUGGCCGCGUGCAACAAAUAUACGAGCCAGGCGGCGAGAAGAAGGGCAAAGGCCGCUCACUCGAUCUUAAACUUGGUUUAUCUUGGGCACCUAAUCGCGUCCGUCAAGAAGCCGUUAUACAUGGAUCUCUCCUUUCGCAAAAGCAAGAGGAGGAGCGUAAUCGGGGGAAGGAUGUCACAAAAGUCUUUGAGAACGUACUCUCUGAAUCCGGAUUCGAAGCGUUCAAGAAGUAUGUUCACCGAUUUGACGCGCACGUGAUACCCCUAAAAGGGCCUCGGGGACUCCUAGCGCGUGUUGAAAAAUUACUCACUGCCUCGUCGGUAUCACAGACAGAAAAGGUGGAACUGCUGGACCAGUUCGCUCGAUUCGUGGAGGGGCAUAGCGAAGUCUAAUGGAUAAUAUCACGUCAUGUCAUGGGGAUUUAUGGGUUUUGAGAUGAGUGACCCUUUUCAUAAUACACUUUUCGUUAUGGCUUCACGCUUCGUAUACGACGCAUUACCCUUAUUAUUCCACAUCCUGUGCAACGCCCUUUUUAUCAUUUUAUAUUUCACGCAUUCAACUCACGCAGGUGUUUAUGUCUUUCGUCACGUUCUACACGCAUUUUCCGUAUUGAUUCGUUGUCAUAUGU